AGAAAAGCCGUAGCUUACGAAAAACCCCUUCCAGAACCGCUCUCGAGAUCUUCUUCACCGCUAUGGACCCGCCACCUCUGCCACCAACCACCACCGCCACCACCGUCGAACCUCCCCAUUCCCAUUCCCACUCCCACUCCCUCCCACCUUUACCUACUCCCAAAAUCCGCCUUAUGUGCAGCUACGGUGGCCACAUAGUCCCCCGUCCACAAACCAAAUCUCUCUGCUACGCCGGUGGAGAAACCCGCAUCGUCGCCGUUGACCGUCGCACCACAGCUUCCACCAUCUCCUCCCUCACACACCAUCUCUCUCGGGCUCUUUACGGCAACCGCCCCUUCACGCUCAAGUACCAGCUCCCCAACGAGGACCUCGAUUCUCUCAUUUCCAUCACCACCGAUGAAGAUCUCCAGAACAUGCUCGAAGAACAUGACCGAAUCGCAAGCUCCCCAACUCCCUCCCGCAUCCGAUUAUUCCUCUUCCCUACCAGACCCGAAUCUGUUGGGUCGUUAUUGCUUGACCCGAAAUCGGAGACCUGGUUUUCUGAUGCUUUGAAGAGCACCAUGAUUAUUAACAGAGGGUUGUCUGAUGGGUCUGGUAUGGGUAAUGGUUUAAUGGGGAUGGAUUGUUUGGAAGGGAAUGGUGAGAGUUUGAUGAACAGUGGGGAUUCGGGGAAAUGCGGUGGUACUGGUGGUGAUUCGGGUUCGGUGCCGGAAUCAAUGGUGUUGGAAACUUGUUCCUCUUUUGGUUCGAUCAAUUCGUCGAUUUCAGCCUCAAAUUUGACCCAAAUUGGGGCUAACAAUGAAGAUGCUGGAGGUAAUUUGGUGGAUAAGAAGAUUAAAGUAGCUGCACCUGGUUCGAUUGAAAGUGAUAAUUCUGUCGCAAAUGGUUUUCCCGAUCAAAAAGCUCGAAUCUAUCAAGAACAAAUGAUUCCUGAAUCCGAGAGUAUAAUCUACAAUCCUUCAUCCACGAUUCAAAUGCAAAGGACCUGUCAAGUUUCCGGUUACCAGAUACAACACAUCUCCGACCAAAGACCGGCGCCGCCGGUUCAAUACAUUCCCGCCGGACCACCACCAAAUUACAUUCAAUACCCAACCGGACCACUACCAAUCUCCUCCUCUUACUACCCAAUGUACAUGCCCUACCAACAGCCGCCACAUCAACCCUACCCCAUCUACGUGAUCCCCGCAGAUCAAUCUUACAAUAUCCCUACUCCGGCUGACAUGACCGGAACCCUAACUCGUCCUCCUUUGCAUAAAGAUACAAUGGCGGCGGCUCCACCACCUGAACGAGUGGCGACACCACCACCACAGGUGGGCCCGGUUUAUGAAAACGAGUAUGAUAAUGACCUUGUGUAUGCUCAGAUUUACAAGAGCCAGCCUUCUGUGCCUCCAUUUCCGCCUCAAAAGUUUGAAAUCGUGAAGAAAAUGGAAGCAGUGGCGUUGUCUGAUUCCUCUGCACAAAUCGGUGCUUCACAACAAUAACAGUUUGACCAGUUUCGUUAAGUGUGUGCUUGUGGUUUAGGUAUGUUUUUAAUGUUCUAUUAUUUAGUUAAAUGUUGCGAAAUUACCAUUUGUUUAUGUAUAAGCUAUUUAGACAGUAUUAGAGCUUGUUCCAGUUAUUAAUUCAUCUUUCCCCCAUGUUAAUUCUGUAUAAUAUGAAUCAAAAUUUAAAUGAUUGUAGUUGAAACUUGAAACCCCU